GUGCCACUUUCAGGUCUCCUCACACUGCUGUUGUGUUCCAUUUUUUGUCAUAGGGUGCUGGCAGAUUACGGGCCUCCCAUUGCUGCUGCCAGGCCCGUAAUCUGCCAUGGGCCCCUGUACCGCCUCCUCAUGCUGCUGCCAGGUCCACAGUCUCUCAUGGGUCCCUGUACGGCCUCCCAUUGCUGCUGUCUCCAUCGCCACACUCUGCCAUGUGCCACUUUCAGGUCUCCUCACACACUGCUGGUGUGUUCCAUUUUUUGUCAUAGGGUGCUGGCAGAUUACGGGCCUCCCAUUGCUGCUGCCAGGCCCGUAAUCUGCCAUGGGCCCCCGUACCGACUCCUC